AUGCAAGAAAUUCCAAAAUAAUCUUAAACAAAAGCAGAUCAUCAUCUUAAACAUUUAUCAUCGUUAUUUUAGAAUCAUUAAGGAAUUAAGAAAUUAAAUUUAUUAGGAGGAAUAUUUUGUUCAAUUGAAUAUUAUGAAAAAAUUCAUUAUGUAGAAUUUGAAGAAGGAGAUGAUAUAAUAAAGACUGGAGAGAUUGGACAUUUAUUUUAUUUACUUAUAGAAGGAGAAAUUAGCAUUAAAAAAACUUACUUUGGAACAGAAGCAUUACUAAAUUUACCUUAUCUUUAGACUAUAAAAAGUGUUACUAAAACCAAAUUUGGAACUAUAAGCAAAUAUGAUUUUGAAAAUAUCAAAAGAAAAGCUAAAUUAAAAGAUCCAAAUGAAUAAAUUGAAUUCUUUAGAUAAUCUCAAUUAUUUGGACAAUUAUCUAAAGGAAUGAUUGAAAAAUUACUUAAAAACUGUUAAAUAGAAAUAUUUGAUAAAAAUCAAUUAGUCUAUUAUGAAGGAGAACCAUCAUAAACAAUUUAUUUAGUUAGAGAUGGAAUAUUUUAAUUAUAAAAGAAAAUGGUUGUUGGAAAUAGAUGGAAAAAUAUAACUAUAAGUGAAAUAGGAAUCUAUCAAUUAUUUGGUGAUUUAGAAUGUUUAUUAAAUAAAUAAAGAUAUUUCACAGUUAAAUGUUUAAAAUAAGGUAGUUGUUACAAAAUUAGCAAUGAGGAUUUCUAUUAAAAAGUCAUAUCUGAUUAACCAAGUUCAGAAGCACAAAGAUAUAUAAAUCAAUAUAUUAAGGCACAAUUACUUAAUAGAACUGAGAGAAUUGAAAAAGUUACUGAAACUUUAGCUUAAAAUAGUGAAUAUUUAAUUGGGUUGCCUGAAAUUAAGACUUCUAGUAAUAAAGAAUUAAGUUAAAUUGAAAUGAGAGUUCUCGAUAAAACUCACUCAAGAUAUGCUUAAAUAUAUAAUUAAGCUUGUUAAAAAAGAGUAAAAGUUAGGUAUGCUACUAUACACAAAACUGAAGUAGCUGUUCCUAGAGUCACUUCUAAAAAUGAGUCAAUUCAUAAGACUAUUGUUGUCUCAAUUGAGAAACCAGUAAAAUAAUAUAUCUAUGAUGAAAUUAAAAUGCCUGAUAUUGUUUAAAGAAGAUAUCGUGAUUUCUUACCUAAACGAAAGAAAGACUUUUGGAUUAUUACUUAAAAUAAUAAAUCUUCAAUACUUUGA